AUGCACUCGUUCGUCUAUGGAUUACUAGGAGGAGCCUUGAUUGGCUUGGCAGCCAGCGUGCUCCUGCUCUUCUCGGGAGAUAUUCUGGGUGCUUCGGGGAUAGUCUCCUCAAUAGGCCUAGCGCCAAUCUCGUCCAUCCAAAAUCCCCGUCAACACUGGAAGAUCGUCUUUAUUGCAGCCUUCUUCCUCUCAUCGCACCUCUUCUUUGCCUCGGAAUACGAAGAUAAAGACGGUGGUCUUGCCAGUCUCAGUUGGGCUGCCUACCUGAUUGGUGGCCUCUUGGUUGGCUUUGGAACUCGACUGGGCAAUGGCUGCACGAGUGGCCAUGGCAUUUGCGGACUGGCUCGUUUUAGCAAACGAUCCAUGGCAGCCGUCAUGACCUUUAUGAGCAUUGGUAUCAUCACGGCCUACUUCACCCAGCAAGCCACGACACCUUUUGGUGACAGCGCAUUUGCAUUCCUACGAGACGACUCGCAAGAACCCGUUCGAGUAUGGGACAAGGCCGGCGCCGUCCUGAGCAUGUUCCUGGCCUUUGUCGCAUUGGUGGCAGCCGCAUUCCACCCCAUCUCGGAAACCGAAGACGUGAACACUCGAAGAAAGUUGGCCCCAGCCGCGAUUGUCGGCAUCCUCUUUGCCGCGGGCCUCUACGUCAGCCAAAUGGUCUAUCCCGUCCGAGUCAUGGGUUUUCUGAACGUUGGAUUGAUUCCUCAAGGCGACUGGGAUGCUACCCUCAUGUUUGUCAUGGGGGGAGGCAUGACCCUUUCCUUCUUGGCUUAUCAGUUCGUCGAAGGCUUCCAGCUCUUCAAGGGCGGUCCGAGUCCAUUGGCCAAGCCAUUGGCUCUGACAGAGGGAUCUGAGUUUUGCGUCCCGUCCAACACGAUCAUUGACCGCGAUUUGGUCCUGGGUGCCAUGUGCUUUGGCAUGGGCUGGGGCAUCUCAGGUCUAUGCCCGGGUCCUGCCAUGUUUUUGGCAUCCAUUGGCGUCUCGUGGGUGUUGGUUUGCUACUGGCCAGCCUUCUUUGUUGGAGCCUACAUUGCGUCGCUCGUAAAGGGCAAGACUAUCCCAUCCUGCUUCCCAACAUCAUCAUCCUCUUCCGACAGCAAGAACGAUUCCCACUCGACGACCGACCUCGAAAAGGCAAAAGACGGCCUCGAAAAGGCAGAAGAGACCGUGGCGAACGACCUGUGCGACACGGCAGUCUUUGACGACCUUGAUGAGGAGAGCGGAGGAAUCACGACCCGAGCUACCACAGCUACGAUCUCACAGACAGCAGAAGCAGAGCACCCUUCUUUGGCCUUUGUCGAUGUAUGA